AUGCGUGCCGUGUUGAGUGUGCAGACAAAGUCUUUCCGUACGAGCGAGCGUGAAGCCAUGACGCGAGCGCUGGCACUGCUUGCACGGACAUUAGAGCGGAAGACAACAGGAGCUGAUCGUUUAGCUACUACCGGCACGAGUGAAUACAUGUUCAGUGGUGGUACGUGUGACAUGUGA